AAUGAUAAUAAUUGAUAAUGUGUGGUGUAAGUGAUUUUCCAUUAUUGAUAUGGUCAAAACGGAUUUUUGAAAUAGGUACCAAUUAAUUUACUAUUGAUUAUUUUCACCAUAUGAAACAGACGUGUAUUUUAGAGCUCACUUUAAGUGCCCUUUAACCUAGUAAACCAUCUCUGAUGAAGGUAUGGGGGGGUCUGCUGUCUAACCUAACUGCAGCUGUGCUCCUCCUGGCCUUUGCUUUGUCAGUAUGUUUGGACAUUAACCACUUGCCAAUCCAUCAGAACAGGCUGGUUAGAUCAGUCUAUGCUAAGCAAAAUAAAACCAAAGCCCAUGAAAUACUUGGUAAUAGUAAUAAUAAGCCACCAAAUCCACAGAGCAAUUCAGUGGAAACCAGGGAAGUCCACCCAAAAAGCUCCCAAGAGACUGAUAUAUCCAGAGAUGACAAAUGCACCAUGGCCCCAGAGAGCCGGUUUGACUGUGCCAGGGACAGGCUUCUCGGCCAGAGAGAGUGUGAAGAGAGGGGAUGCUGUUAUGCCCCGCUGCAUAACUUUGAUGGACCACCUUGGUGCUUUUACCCCAGUUUGUACCCUGGCUACAAAAUGGGUCCCCUCACUCCCACCAUGCGAGGCCAGGCUGCCACCCUGACCCGUGCCACCCCCUCAUAUCUCCCCAGUGAUAUAUCCACUCUACAGCUAGAAGUCAUAGAAGAGACUGCAGGCUGCUUACAUCUCACUUUAAAGGACCCAUCAUCUCAGCGAUAUGAAGUUAAACUCCCAGCUGGAGUUCCUCAGAGCAAAGCUGAUACCCAAGAUGCCCUCUAUACCACUGAAUACCAGUCUGACCCAUUUGGCUUCAUAGUGAGGCGGAAAUCUAAUGGAAGGGUGAUUAUGAAUACCACGGUCGCUCCUCUGCUGUUUGCUGACCAGUACCUGCAGCUGUCCACCGCACUGGCCUCUUCCCUUGUGUCUGGCCUCGGGGAGCAUUACACCUCCCUCCUCCUGGACCUUAACUGGACUGCUCUGACUCUUUGGAACAGAGACAUGGCGCCUCAUGCUGAUGCUAACCUCUAUGGCUCACACCCGUUCUACGUAGUACAGGAGGAGGACGGCUUGGCACAUGGAGUUUUUCUAAUCAACAGCAAUGCAAUCGAGGUGAUAUUGCAGCCGACCCCCGCUCUUACCUGGGUGGCUGUUGGUGGAGUGCUGGACUUGUACGUUUUCUUGGGUCCUCAUCCUCAAAGUGUUAUACGACAGUACCUUCAGGUCAUUGGAUAUCCUAUGAUGCCUCCCUAUUGGUCGUUGGGCUUUCAUCUGUGUCGCUGGGGUUACACAACCACUAUUACAACCCGGCAUGUAGCACAACGCAUGCACAAUGCAAAAUUUCCCAUGGAUGUGCAGUGGAAUGAUCUGGAUUAUGCAGAUAAGCGCAGGGUGUUCACUUUUGACCCCUGGCGAUUCGGGGACCUCCCAGAGAUGGUGGAGGAGUUCCAUAAGAGGGGCAUGAAGUACAUCCUUAUCCUGGACCCGGGGAUCAGCAGCACCAGCCCCCCUGGAACUUACUCGCCCUUUGAUGAUGGACUGAAACGAGACGUCUUCAUUAAAAAUGCUACAGGACACAUCCUGAUAGGGAAGGUUUGGCCGGGCCCAACAGCCUUCCCCGACUUCACCAACCCAGAGACCAGAUGCUGGUGGGAGGACUGCAUCAGAGAUUUUCAUUCUAAAGUUCCUGUGGAUGGUCUAUGGAUUGAUAUGAAUGAACCAGCCAGUUUUGUGCAGGGCUCAGUGGAGGGCUGUCCCGACGGUGAUCUCGAGAACCCGCCCUACACACCCAGGGUGGUUGGAGGCCAGUUGAACUCUGGGACUAUUUGUAUGUCGGCUCAGCAGAAACUGUCCACUCACUACAACCUGCACAAUAUAUACGGACUGACAGAAGCCUAUGCCACACACAGUGCUCUUAUGAAGGUACGAGGGAAGAGACCCUUCGUCCUGUCUCGCUCCUCCUUCCCUGGCAUCGGACGCUUCUCUGGAGUGUGGACAGGAGACGUCAGAAGUGACUGGGAGCAGCUUCGAUACUCCAUCCCUGCCGUGCUACAGUUCAGCUUGUUCGGGGUGCCCCUUGUGGGGGCAGACAUCUGUGGCUUUGGAGGGAACACCACUGAGGAAUUGUGCGUACGAUGGAUGCAGCUCGGGUCCUUCUACCCAUUUAUGAGAAACCACAAUGACAAGCCGAACGCUCCCCAGGAGCCCUAUGUAUUUGGGCAGAAGGCCCAGGCCGCCAUGCGGAGUGCAUUGAACCUGCGUUACUCCCUUCUCCCCUUCCUCUACACACUCUUCCAUCAUGCACACACUUCUGCUGACACUGUGGCCAGGCCUCUCUUCAUGGAGUUUCCCACUGACCCUAACUGUCAGACCAUAGACAGGCAGUUCCUGUGGGGGAGUUCACUUCUCAUUAGCCCAGUCUUAGAGCAAGGGGCAGUAGAGCUGGCCGCUUACCUGCCCCCUGGCAUUUGGUACAGCCUACACAAUGGUCAGCCUUUCUACAGUAAGGGUCAGUACCUGCUCUUGCCAGCCCCUCUGGACACCAUCAACAUUCAUGUGAGGGAGGGACAUAUUAUCCCUCAGCAGGAACCUGCUUUGACAACCGCAGCCUCACGCAGAAACCCUUUCUUCCUGACCGUGGCGCUGUCAGCAGGCGGCUGGGCCUGGGGCGAUUUGUUCUGGGAUGACGGGGAAAGUCUUAAAACCUUCGAAAUGAGAAAUCAUUGUUACAUUAUCUUCAUUGCUGGACAGUCUCAGGUGGUGAGUGAUCCUCUUAGGCUGAAUGGGGCCCUGGAUGGUCUGGUGCUGGGAGGGCUGCAGGUGUUCGGGGUGCCCUCACCACCCCUAUAUGUAUUAGCCAAUGGGGACAAAGUCAGGGAUUUCACAUACCGCAGUGACACCAAGGUUUUGACAGUGACCAGCCUGGCCUUGUCCAUGUCAAAGGUAUUUACAGUCCAAUGGGCUCUCUGAUGCAUUGAACUUUAUUGCCCAAGAACCUUAGGGAGCCUUUGUAUUUUUCUGCACUGACACCAGCGGAUUUUCUUGAGCCAUCAUUGAGAUGCACCUUCCGCUUGCUCUGCCUUUGUUCAAAUUGGAAAUUAGUACUUUGUAAGCAGCACGUUUAUAAAAAUGUGAAACCAGGGGAGUCAUCAUCUUGAUGUAUCAGGUUUUCCUGCGAGGUAAUUUUUGCUGCUAACUGCCACACUGAAGCAAGACAACGUAAUGUCUUGUAAAUGUAUGUACUUUCUAAACCUCUUUGUAUUUUUUAAAUCAUGUUUAUAUAUCGUUGUUACUGAAGUGCAUUAUUAAUAAAAAAUGUGAAAAAAGAUA